UAUAAAUUAACGUAAUUAAAAGAAUUUUAACAUGUUAUGAACUUGAAUAUUAUGUAUAUUCAUAAUUUUUUUUAACAUCCUAAGUAAAUUACCGAUUAGUUAAACUUGAGUGGUUUUUAAUUAUUUAUCUUUGAAUAGGCCUUGUAUAAAGGUGGUACUAUUAAAGUUAUUGUGAUGUCUAUUAAAAGUAAGGAUGUAUUGGAAGAACCUAAUGAUGACGUGGUGUUGGAGAAGAUCUUAUCGAGGUUCAGACCCUUGGGUCCGUAUUACAGAAGAUUCAUGCCGUUUUUGAUCAUCGCGACCAUGUCAAAUGCGUUUUACUGCAUGAACUAUGUCUUUGCCGCAGUGUCGGUGGAUUAUAGGUGCAAGUAUGAGUGUGAAAGGAAUCAUAGCUUAGUGGGCUCAGCACUAAACCUAAGUUUAAAGGCAGGAAAAUGCUACAAAUAUUCACUCAUAGACGAGAACGGAGACUGCUCUGUGGAUAAUUUUAACGUCUCAAAUGUUGAAGCCUGCAAGGAAUGGGCGUAUGAUGAACCGGAGAGCUUCGUUGCUGAAUUCCAGUUGGGAUGUCAAGAGUGGAAGAGGACUUUGGUCGGAACAGUGCACAGCUUCGGCUAUAUGCUAGGUCUGUUGUUAUUGGGACCGAUAUCUGACAAGGUAGGAAGAAAGAAAUUGCUGGUAUUCACUGGUAUCGUUGGAGGGAUUUUGGGCUUUUCAAGAAGCAUCAUUAGCUACUAUUGGGCUUAUAUCGCUUUAGAACUAUUAGAAGCUUUACUCGGAGAUUCUUAUUCACCCAAUUAUAUGUUAGGUGUGGAGAUGGUGGCGAAACAGAAUCGAGUAUUUUUCGGUCCACUCAUGAUCGGGAGCAUGUCUGUAGCUGGCAUAUUAUUAUCUCUAGUCGCUUGGCUUUUACCAAACUGGAGAUUGUUCUUGAGAGUUAUCUAUUCACCUGCCCUUAUAUUCAUACUAUACGCAUUCUUCUUAGACGAAAGCGUUAGGUGGUUAUUAAUCAAAGGUAAGAAGGAAGAAGCGAAGAAAAUUCUCAGGAAAGCUGCUGAGAUCAGUAACCUGUAUCUAGAUGAAGAGACUCUUGAUAGUAUCGAAAGCGAAAAGAGCACAGAUUGCACUAGUUUCAUUAAAUUGCUCAAGAUGACCAUAAUGUCUCGGAAGUUGCUCCUUAGGUUCCUGGCGUGUCUCUGUAUGUGGAUCACAUCUACGUUCAACAAAUACGCUUUAUUGAUAAACUCUGUGUCUCUAGAAGGAAAUAAAUACGUUAAUUACGCUCUGAUUGCAUUCGCCGAUCUCCCGGCCAGUAUAACGUUAAUAUUUAUUCUCAUUAAAUUCAAGAGGAAAGGAUCGCUUAUGUUCUCCUUUUUCCUGACGGGGCUGUUCUGUGUUAUACAAUCACUUGUACCAAAAGGUUACUCAACUUUAUCCCUAUCGCUAUUCUUCAUGGGGAAGCUUGCCUCAGCUCAGUCUUACGCUACUGUAUACUUGUAUACGUCCGAGCUAUUCCCUACGUAUACUAGGAACACAAUGCACGCUGUCUGCUCGUCAGUGGGUAGAAUCGGAUCGAUUCUUGCACCACAAACACCGUUAUUGAGGCAGUUUUGGCCGGGUCUACCUUCAGUCAUCAUAGGUAGUUUGUCAGUGAUCACGGGUAUGAUAGUUAUGAUGAUGCCCGAUACUGCUGAGGAUGUACUGCCAGAUACCAUCAAGGAAGCAGAAGCUUUGGGUAUGAAGACAGUUAAGGACAAGAAAGCUGCAGUGAAAUUGUUGAAAUAAAUUUUAUUUUGUUUUUCGA